AUGCAAGUCGUUGAAAAAAAACAAGAAAUGUCACUGGUACAACCAAAGCAAGCUCGAUUGAACGUGGAAGAUUAUCAUCAAGAGGCGAAAAUGAUAUUGCCAAAAAUGAUCUAUGAUUUCUAUAGUACUGGUUCAGAUGAUCAUUUAACAUUAAUUGAUAAUCAACAAGCUUUUCGUCGAAUAAAAUUACGUCCAAAAGUACUCAUUGAUGUAUCGUCUCAUUCAGCAGUCAAUUCAAUCAAUUGUCAAACACAACUUUUAAAUGCUACGGCAACAAUUUCAUUUCCAUGUAUUAUUGCUCCAACAGCUUUACAUCGACUAGCAAAUAAUGAAUAUGGAGAAUUAGCAACUGUUCGUGCAGCUGUUGCUUGUUCGACAAUAAUGUGUGUCAGUACUAUGGCAUCAACACACAUGAAACGAAUUGCUGAAGAGCAUCGAGAGCAAAUUAAAAAAAAUUAUUCUCAAAGUACUUCACAGCUUUGGUACCAGUUAUAUGUAUUCAAAAAUCGUCAAUAUACACAGAGACUAAUCGAACAUGCUGAAAAAUAUGGCUAUAAAGCUUUAGUUAUUACUGUUGAUCAUUGUGAAGUAGGCAAUAGAGAAUGUGAUGUGCAUAAUCAAUUUUCAUUACCUGAAGGUAUUCAAGCAGAAAAUCUAAUUGAUGAUAAAAGUAAUGAUUUUGCGAAAACUUAUCGGCAAUCACCUAUUGAUGCGUCAUUAUCGUGGCAAGAUCUUAAAUGGAUACAGUCGAUCACGUCAUUACCCCUCAUUCUCAAAGGUAUUAUACAUCCAGAUGAUGCUCGUGAAGCUGUUAAACAUGGUGUACAAGGAAUUAUUGUUUCGAAUCAUGGUGGUCGACAAUUGGAUACAUGUCAGAGUACUGUUGAUGCUUUACCAGACAUUAUGGAUGCUAUUCGUAGUGAACAUCAUCAAAUUGAUGUUUAUAUUGAUGGUGGUAUACGACGGGGAACAGAUAUUUUGAAAGCUGUGGCAUUGGGUGCAAAAGCAGUACUUAUUGGACGACCAGUGUUAUGGGGUUUGGCAGUAGAUGGAAUGCAAGGUGUACAAAAUGUGUUAAAUAUAUUGAAAAAAGAAUUUCGAUUGGCUAUGAUGUUAUGUGGAUGUCAAACUGUUGACGAUAUCAGACAAAACAAUCUUUUAGUCAUGAAUAAUAAUAACACUCGAUCGAAAUUGUAA